AUGGCCUCCACCCAGAGCGUGCAAUGCUUCGGCAAGAAGAAGACGGCCACCGCCGUCGCCCACUGCAAGGCUGGCAAGGGCCUCAUCAAGGUCAACGGCAAGCCUCUCUCGCUCGUCCAGCCUGAGAUCCUGCGCUUCAAGGUCUACGAGCCCGUCCUGAUCCUCGGUCUCGACAAAUUCGCGAACGUCGACAUCCGCGUCCGCGUCUCCGGUGGUGGUCACACUUCCCAGGUCUACGCCAUCCGUCAGGCCAUCGCCAAGUCCAUCAUCGCCUACUACCAGAAGUUCGUCGAUGAGCACUCCAAGAACCAGCUCAAGCAGGCCCUUGUCCAGUACGACAGGACCCUCCUCGUCGCCGACAACAGGCGGUGCGAGCCCAAGAAGUUCGGCGGUCCCGGUGCCCGUGCGAGAUACCAAAAGUCCUACCGUUAA